AUGAACCGCCUCUUCGGUAAGGCGAACAACGCCCCCAAGGCAACCUUGGAGGAUGCCAGCAACCGCAUCAGCUGCCGCUCAGACGUCGUCGAUGCCCGCAUCGCCAAGAUCGAUGCCGAGCUGAUGAAGGUGAAGGAGCAGAUCCAGCGCUCGCGGGGCAUGACGCAGAGCCGGUACAAGCAGCGAGCCGUGCAGUUGCUGCAGCAGAAGCGCAUGUACCAGGGUCAGCAGGACAUGAUGAUGCAGCAGCAGUUCAAUGUGGAUCAGCUGCACUUCACGACAGAGACGAUGAAGGACACGCACGUGCAGGUGGACGCGAUGAAGCAGGCGAACAAAGAGCUGCGCAAGGGCAUGAGGAAGCUGGACUUGGACAAGGUUGAGAACCUGCAGGACGAACUCGCCGACCUGUAUGCGGACACGCAGGAGAUUCAGGAAAUCAUGGGCCGCGCCUACAGCGUGCCGGAAGACAUCGACGAGGACGAGAUGCUUGGCGAGCUGGACGCGCUCGACUUCGACAUGGAGAAGGAAAACGACGCUGACUACCUUGCUGAAGCAUUGGCUAUGCCAGGUACGAAGCUGCCCGACGUGCCAACGGACAGCAAGGUUGAUGCAGGCGGUCAGAAGGAGUCGAGUACGGCGGACCCGUACAGCCUCGAGCAGCAGCUGGGCCUGUGA